AUGUCCAAACCACAGCGAAAAUUCGCUUCAAAAAAAUUGGAUUUGAGCGUGUUGCGCCACAGUACAAAAUCAGGUCGUGGCUGUGAUUUUUUGGAUUUCUGUGAAACCCAUGCAACAGAAAUCAUGGAAUGUCUAACACUCCAACAACAAAUGAAAUUGUUGAGAAGUGAAAAAUGGCUUGAAAAGGUUUCAAUUGAAACGAAAGCCAAAGUGUUGGGUGUCUCACCCUCGACGGCCCGCCUCAACAACUUGUAUGAUGAUGUCGAAGGGAAGUCUGGAAGAAAACGAGAAAUUAAUCAAUCGAGGAUGCCGUUGUUGUUGGAAACAAUUCGAGAAAGACAAAACACCACCAAACCAAUCACCACCAAAGAGAUGGUAAAUGUUGUAGAAGGAGUUGUUGGGAAGAAAGUAUCAAAAAGAACCAUCGCAAACAGUUUGAGAAGGGAGGGUUUAAUUAAGAAGAUUGCAAAACCAAUGGAUAAAGAGAGAGCUGAGCUGAGUAAAGAUGAGUUAAGAAGCUAUGAAACUAGAGCUGUUGAUUUGUUGAACAAUGACAUACAAUAUGCCGGCGAAAGAGUUGUCCACUUGAAUGGAGUUAAACCCUCCCUCCUUAUCAACAUGGACGAAAGUGGUUAUUGUCCAUUUGUGGAUUCAAAAAGGAGCAACUUUUAUGUUGACGACAACUAUGACUACACCAACUCUUACUCUGUUGAUCGCUCUCAAAAACGCAUAACACUGAUUGCAGGAAUAUUUGCCAACAACACCACGCUGAAACCAAUGAUCAUACUAUCAAACUUGACAAUGAAAAAUGAAAUCGACAGAUACAUUGACAGAGAUGAUGUUGAAAUUGCAUAUCAACGCAAAUCCUUCAUUACGGAAGACAUAUACACAUUGUGGCUUGAAAGAUGUCUUAAACCAGAACUGGAAUAA